CCGCCUCUUACCGGAAGCUGACAGUCAUCUGAUUUUCUUAUUUUUGCUUUCUCCUUGCUAGCCGCUGAUAGUGUUACAGCAAAACAACUGUCCAGCUUUGGUUACUUCUUCUUUUUUUGUCUUAAAUCAUCGUAAUUAAUCUCUUUAUAUAAUAUAUACGAAUUAUUCGGCUACCUUCAAAGUAUGGACGAGACGAGUCCGCUUGUCUCUCCGCUGCGGGACCCUGUUGAUUUUAGCUACUGUCCCGCAGAGCCCACUAGCCCUCGGGGCGCGUUUGGGAACACACCAGGAUCCGUAGUGCGUCUCCCGGCCGGUAGUCCGGAUCGGAACCGGGAGAGACAGCCGCUCUUAGAUCGGGACCGAGGGAACACGUCUCGAGACCCCCACAGGAACGAAUUUCCAGAAGAUCCCGAGUUCAGAGACAUCAUCCGCAAGGCCGAACGAGCAAUCGAGGAGGGAAUCUACCCGGAAAGGAUCUACCAGGGCUCCAGUGGAAGCUAUUUUGUGAAAGACUCACAGGGGAAGAUCAUCGGCGUGUUCAAGCCUAAAAAUGAAGAACCCUACGGACAUCUAAAUCCAAAAUGGACUAAGUGGCUCCAGAAACUGUGCUGUCCCUGCUGUUUUGGCCGUGACUGUUUGGUCCUGAAUCAAGGUUACCUCUCAGAGGCUGGGGCCAGCCUGGUCGAUCAGAAACUGGAGCUCAAUAUUGUUCCCAGGACCAAGGUGGUGUAUUUGGCGAGUGAAACAUUCAACUACAGCGCCAUCGACAGAGUGAAGUCUCGAGGAAAAAAGCUAGCUCUGGAGAAGGUACCUAAAGUGGGUCAGCGCUUCCACAGAAUUGGACUACCACCAAAGAUUGGCUCCUUCCAGCUCUUCGUUGAUGGAUACAAGGAUGCAGAUUUCUGGCUGCGGAGGUUUGAAGCUGAGCCUCUGCCUGAAAACACCAACCGACAACUUCUGCUGCAGUUUGAACGGCUCGUGGUGCUUGAUUACAUCAUCAGGAACACGGACAGAGGAAACGACAACUGGUUGCUGAAGUACGACUGUCCCAUGGAUCCUGUCGGUAACAGGGACACAGACUGGGUUGUAGUAAAGGAACCCAUCAUUAAGCUAGCAGCCAUAGAUAAUGGCCUUGCCUUCCCCCUCAAACACCCUGACUCCUGGAGAGCUUACCCCUUCUACUGGGCGUGGCUGCCCCAAGCCAAAGUUCCUUUCUCCCAGGAAAUCCGGGAUUUAGUUCUUCCUAAACUUGCUGACCCAAACUUCAUUAAAGACCUGGAAGAGGACCUCUACGAACUUUUUAAGAAAGAUCCCGGUUUCGACAGGGGACAGUUUCACAAACAAGUGUCCGUUAUGAGGGGGCAGAUCCUGAAUCUGAGCCAAGCUCUGAAAGAUGGUAAAUCACCGCUCCAGCUGGUCCAGAUGCCCCCCGUUACCGUGGAAACGGCUCGGGCACCUCAGAGAGCAAACAGUGAAUCAUACACGCAGAGUUUCCAGAGCAGAAAACCUUUCUUCACCUGGUGGUAGGACACGGAACAUCAGAAAGCUGCAGGAAGGAUGAUAUGCGUGCAGACGGAGGAGCAGGCUGCGCCCGAAAGCACCGAUUCCUGUUCUGGAAACCAUCCUCAUCCUUUUUUGUCUCCUCGUGGAUUUUUGGGUACAGGAGGAAAAGCUGGCUGGUGUUGAGUUGAGGCCAAAAGGAAGAAUUUCAUAACAUUUCUUCCCUGUUUUGUUUUCAGUGCCUUGAGUGAAUAUGGUUUUUGAUUCUGUGCCCUCCUGAGCUCGAUGUCGGUGAGACGACUGAUCCUUGCACUCCUAUGUGCAUGUGGUCUGCUUACGUGCAUGCCACUUUAAACCCCUUCCUGUUUGUUUUUUGAUUGAAAGUCAUUUCAUUCCAUGUUUUUUUUUAGUUCUUUUUGCUACACUUUUAACACUGACUCAUAUUCUCUGCUAUGCAGUAAAAGAAACCCCAAACUAGUCGAAGCUGUUCCACUACAUCCAGUCGGAUAAGUUUUUACUGUCGGAAACUAUUUACAGGUUUAGGAAGAGGUCGAUGAGACGACGACAGCGAACAAACAAACACGAACUGGUUUCUAAUUAUGCUCCACGUCCCUGAAGAUGAAGAUCUGUAACUCAUCUGGGUUGACGCUGCUUGGCUGCGGUACUUUAGGUUACAGACACAAGUGAGAAUCAUGACUCGUUUUCCUCAUUUGUUUCACAAAUCACUUCAUUAGUGAAGAGGACAGAAUCUCCUGCAGCUGUGAUAAAUCUUUGGGGUUGGUGUUUUCUACCAGCUCCUGGUUUUCUCGGCUAAAUAAUCUUUACUUGUAUUUCAGCCUCCUAGGGUGGAUCUGGUUGAACGUUCAAGGAAAAAGUGACUUUCUGUUGUGCUACACUAACAGGAAAUGUAUCGUGAUAAUGCACUGUAUAAUUUGUAUGUAAUAUUUAAUGACAGAUUAUAAUUAAACUUCAAUUAAUACAGA